GCAAGGUGCUGCUGCUUGUUGCUUGCUGACAGCCAACAUCACCUUUUGUUUCGCUGGCUUUGACUUCUUGACCCUUUCUCGCUCAUUUCGCACAUCAGGCAUCUGUGUGUCUCUUUCUCUUGCCUCUCAUUUUUAUCUCUCUUAGCCGGAAACAUCAACACCAGCAGCCUGGAGGGCUUCGUCAGCGCAAUUCCAGCACGGUGUGUGAUUAAGCCCUUUGUGGCACGCCGGGCCUUCCACUUCCGCUACGCUCUCACACAUCUGCCAUUCAACCCCUUGCCAAUCCGAUACAAGCAGGAACGCGCCUCCCAUUUCCCAGCAAAUUGUCCGAGCACAUCGUCAACACAACCGAGAACGUCUGUCACUUUAACCCCCUACACGACUGUCCUCGGACGCCGCAGCCUUAACCUAGAUCUCUCCGUGUCAAUCAAGAAAAGGGAGAAUUCGUCUAUCCACUUUCCUAGCACCACCCCUUGCGGGUCUGCUUCCGAAGAGCAGCCAUCCCGAGCUAGCUCCCCUAGUUGCCCUCGAGCGUUUUCGAACCGGGUCCUGCAUCCUGCAUCAUUUUGCUGAAGCUCGACCUGGAUCGUCAUUUACCCUUCCUGUUCGCUACCUCGCGCGUCCGCUACAGACCAGUCGACCUUGACAAACACCCGAAAACAGCAAACAGACACCAACGUUGCCUUCCUUCACGCAGCCUUGCUGAGACAUACAAAGCAACUGAUACAGAUGAACAAGGAAAUGACGUGCUGAGGUUUCACACGACCCUCUAAUAGGGCGCUGGGCAGCCCCAACAAGAAGGAUCCGCCUAUAUACCCCCUAGAUACCGAACUCAACGACAGCAAGGUUUGGGAGAAGAAUACCCCAGUGGCACCAUGGCAGUCACCGACUAUAACCAAAGACCUGCCUCCUACACCAUGGUCGCUUUAGAGGACCGGUUCGAAGUGAUCAAGGAGAUUGGAGAUGGCAGUUUUGGCAGUGUACAUCUUGCACGAGUGAGAGCAAAUGGCGCCAGUGUUGCUCGGCGUAACACAAUGGUCGCUAUCAAGACGAUGAAGAAGACGUUCGACUCUUUCUCUCCCUGCAUGGAACUCCGAGAAGUCAUAUUCCUCCGAAAUCUGCCAACACACGCUCACCUUGUCCCUGCCCUCGAUAUCUUCUUGGAUCCGUUCAGCAAGAAACUCCAUAUCUGUAUGGAAUACAUGGACGGAAACCUCUACCAGCUGAUGAAAGCCCGGGAUCACAAAUGUUUGGAUGCAAGAAGUGUCAAGAGCAUACUGUUCCAGAUUCUUUCUGGUCUCGAUCAUAUCCAUGUUCACAACUUCUUCCACCGCGAUAUCAAACCCGAAAAUAUCCUCGUCUCUACAUCAGCGCCUCAUGACUCUCAUUCCGCAUUCAGCAGAUACUCCUCCCUGGUCACACCUCCGUCUACACCUCCGGCAUAUUCCAUCAAAAUCGCCGAUUUUGGGCUGGCACGAGAGACCCACUCCAGGCUGCCAUAUACUACCUACGUUUCUACGAGAUGGUACAGAGCCCCAGAAGUCCUUCUUCGCGCUGGCGAGUAUUCCGCACCUGUGGACAUCUGGGCCAUUGGCGCUAUGGCUGUCGAAGUGGCCACGCUGAAACCCCUCUUUCCUGGAGGAAACGAAGUCGACCAAGUUUGGCGGGUGUGUGAGAUCAUGGGAAGCCCUGGCAAUUGGUACACCAAGUCAGGCACCCGUGUGGGAGGUGGUGAAUGGAGAGAGGGAACCAAGUUGGCUCAAAAAUUAGGCUUCUCGUUUCCCAAGAUGGCUCCUCAUGCAAUGGAAACCAUCUUGCAACCUCCUCAGUGGCCAUUGGCGUUCAGCAAUUUUGUGACAUGGUGCCUGAUGUGGGAUCCUAAAAGCCGUCCGACAUCAAAACAAGCCAUGGAGCAUGAAUUCUUUACAGAUGCUGUUGACCCUCUCAGGCCCAAGUCGUCAUCAAGAUUACUCGGACGCAAACAUUCGGAUCUGAGCUUUAGGUCCAAGGAUACAGCCGAGACUCCAACAAUCACAUCCAAGCCAUCUUGGUUCCGGAGAUCACUAAUUGCACGAGAGAGUGCGCCUGCUGUUCCACAACAUAACCCUGAUUCCAAGGCUGUGCAACAUCAAGAAACGGAGAGUCUAGCCAGCAGACUUCGACCCCAAGCUAACAAACGUGCAACGUGGACCCAUGGCACCAACCCAAUUGGGGCCGCACCAAUGCCGAUACUACCUUCAAUCCGGCCCAUCUCACCGUUACCAAACGCUGUCACGGCGCAAGCCAGUUCGGCAUUCACAUCUCAAACAGAGUCGAAGCCAAACUCCAAGCCCACGGAAGAGAAGUCCAAGAAGGUUGGCCGGCAACUGUCGAUCAACUCGCACGGUAACCACUAUGGCGACAUCCAUCGCCAAGAGGCUGAGCGUGCCUUGAACGCGAACAGUGGCCUUGUAUCUCCUCCCGGUGGGCAGAAGGAGAGUUUCUUCUCACAUCUGCGCAAAAGGGCACGACGAUUCUCUGGUAGACACGGAUUGGCAUCACCUAGUGGUGACGAUGUCGAAGCGAAUGCCGCCAACGUCCCUUGGUCGAACAGGUCAUCGCUCAUGGUCGACAGCGUCAUUCCUGAGACCAACCACGACUUUUCAGACCUCGACAAAAUACUACAGAACGUGAGAUACAGUCUUGAUCCUGAAGAAUCAGAAGCAGCGAUGAGAAAUCCUACAGGAGCGAAGAGCAACCAAGGUUCACUGAAAAGGACACAUUCCAUUCCUCGAUCUGAAGGACGUCGGUCAAGUGAGAAUCUCGCUCAGAGCUCAACGACUAACACAACACGGACUCGGCGUCCUCCUAUCCAAGUCAACCAAUACGAGACACCCGAAGAAGCUGACGAGCUGUUGGAUGAAGCGCUGAGAUCCGCUAGUCGAGUAGUCAGACGCCUCGACCAAAGCACCCUUAGCAAGGAGCAGUCCCAACGAGCUGCUCUUACACAAAAAGAUUACAACCGACAAUCGUUACCACAACUACCCAGCAACCCAGCACUGCAAGGUGCUUAUCUGACGCCGUCACCAUCUGCCAAAAGGAAUGGUGUACAGUUCAGUUCGGCCCCUGCUCAGCCUUUGAAUAUCACCAAGAAACGCAAUGAACAGGAGCAUGUACCUGCGCUUUGGCCUACGCCGCCUUAUGAAGAAAACGAAUGGGCAGCAACUGCUGCCACCAGUAUUUUUGCAGCUGGAUCUUCCAUCUAUCGAUAGACGCCGAACACAUCACACUCGUUUCGACCCCAAAAGUUCCCAUUCUGAAAACACAAUAUUGUGUUCCUUGAUAUCCUGUACGAAAAGACCAAGUGUGUGCCACCUGCGAAGUAGGUGUUUUUGAGUCUUUGGCGUUGGUAGCCUGUGACGGCUUUUCCUGGCAAGCGGAGUUGCCACUUACUUUUUGUUUCUUCAUUUCUUACUGUCCAAUGGAUGGGAAAUCCACCAUGUCUGGUUAUUGCAUUCGAUUUUGGGGUCUUUGGGCACGAUCCGAGAGUUACCGGAAGAACAGGUUUUUGUAUGGACUGCAUUUUGGGUUUUGCCAGUGGUGAUAAUUGGCAUUGUCAGCUUGAACAGCGACAAGGAUCUUUCAUUUGUUAUUCCUCCUCAGAAAACAAAGUUGUACAGCUAGGUAUAUCAUAUGUUAUCAUAUGUAUGGAAAGGACUCCUGGUGACAUAGGGAAUGCUCGUUAGGUCUGGGUAAAUGACUCAGGAAAGAGACAAUUGAUGCAUGAACCAACGGAA